AGAGAUUCAUAAACGCAUUAAUGCGCGCGUUCACAUCAAUGAUCUCAGUUCUGCGAAUGUCUCAUGUGUGAGUUUAAUCAGAUUAUCCUGAAGAAAACGAGUUUACGCAACGAUAUAUCGCAGCCUUCCGCGCGUCAUCUUCAGAUCUCCUCAGCUGGAAGACGCAAACAUGAGCCGAAAAGCAGACCAAACACCAUCGUGUCUUCUGUGUCUUUUGCUGGUGUCCAGUGUUUGUGCUGUAGAGGCCGAGUACUCAAACUGUGGUGAAAAUGAGUUUUACAAUCACACAAGUAACAGUUGUCGACCGUGUCCACAGUGUCAACCAGGACAAGAGCCGUACAUGAACUGUGGUUAUGGUACUAAGGAUGAAGAUUAUUCCUGUAUCCCGUGUCCUGCUGGGAAAUUUUCUAAAGGCAAAUAUGAGAUCUGUCGUCGACAUAAAGACUGUGAUUCUCUGUACCGAGCCACGAUAUUAACAGCAGGGACUUUAGAGAGCGAUGCCGAGUGUGGACCAUGUUUACCAGGAUACUACAUAUUAGAAAACAGACCACGUAACAUCUACGGCUUGGUGUGUCACUCCUGUCAGAACGCUCCCAAAAACAUCAAAGAGUGUAUGAAAUCAGCGGUGUCAUCAGGUCGAGUUCCCAGUGUGUCAUCCAGCAUCACCACUAUUCUCCCUCAUCCAGAGAAAGAUCCAACGGGUCAAGGUCACCUAGCAACGGCUCUCAUUAUUGCCAUGUCAACCAUCUUCAUCAUGGCCAUCGCUAUAGUGAUGAUCAUUAUGUUUUACAUCCUAAAAGCAAAGCCGAACGGGCAAGCCUGCUGCUCUGGACAAAUCAUAAAGACAGCAGAGAUCCAAACAAACAAACAGGAGGAGAAGAAAGAGAUUCAAGAAAGCGUGGUGAUAUAUGCAGAGAAGGAGGAAUUUGACAAGCUCAAGUCUUCACCUCCGAAACCAGCAAAGAGUGAAAACGAUGCAUCGUCAGAGAACGAGCAGCUGUUGAGUCGCAGCAUUGACAGCGAUGAGGAAGCAGCUCAAGACAAACAGACAGCAGCCGAUCUCUGUCUAAUGUCACUGGUGCAUCUGACCCGAGAGAAAACAUCUUCAACAAACACCAUACACAACACCAACAACACCAUCAGCAGCAGAGCCACAGGGAUUCAUAGCAGAAGGAAGAAAAUCUUGGACUUGUACACAAAAGCCUGCAGUGUUGCAGAGGGUCUGAGUCCUACCGAGUUGCCCUUUGACUGUUUGGAGCGCACCAGCCGUAUGCUCAGCACCACCUACAGUACGGACAAAGCCGUAGUAAAGACCUGGAGACAUCUGGCAGAAAGUUUCGGACUGAAGCGCGACGAGAUCGGAGGAAUGAGCGAUGGCAUGCAGCUAUUUGACCGAGUGAGCACAGCGGGUUACAGCAUCCCCGAUCUGCUGACACGUCUGGUACAGAUCGAGAGACUGGACGCCGUGGAGGUUCUCUGCUUCGAUAUUCUGGGUGGUCCCGAGAACGGCGUCCCUCCAUCCAGCCAUCAUCCCACUUUAUCUUCUCGCUGCGCGAGCGUGUGAGACCCGAGAACGUCUUUACCCACAAUCCCAUGAAGAAAUUCUCCUCUAGAUGGACAUCUGAGAUCAUGUUGAGGAGGAUCUUCUCUCAGACAGACGUGUGCGUGUUAUUGGUGCAGGACAGAGAUGAUGUAUUAUCUCAACUCGUCUUCAUGUCUGUAGAGGAGAUGUUCAACACAUUUCUGUAUAUCUGCAGCACUGAUGACAGGGGGUGUCUUUGAGGACAAUACUGCCAAGACUGAUGUCAGCCACACUGAGCUCAUUUUUAUACUUACAUGAAUAAUAAAAUGUAGUUCUGAGGUUUGUCACGGACUCGUAUACAUAUAACUGGACUGUGAAUGAUGUGUUUGUGUCUGUAUUCUUAUGUAAACUGUGUGUUUCUUACAAUGAGUCUCAGGAUACUGACAACGGCCCGCGUGUGUGUAUUUCUGUGCUAUGUGCGUGUGCAUGAGUGUCUGUGUGCAUGUAUUUCGGUGCGUGCAUGAGUGUCUCUGUGUGUGCGCGUGAAUGUGUGUGCGUGCAUGCGUGCGUGUGAUGUCUUGCGGUCGGUCAGUCACUGCUGCUGGUGGUUAACGACACAAAGUAUCUGUGAUAUCCAACACCUCAUUAACUAAUAAUCCAUAUGGAAAAACCGUAAAGUGACCACUGGCUGUAAACCUUUAACUGCAUGCAGGAGGUAGAAAUGUUUAAGUAAAUGACAUGGUGACUCAAUGUUUACAAUGUUCCAAUGUACUUUUUGCCAACAAUUUUGCCAUUAUCUGCCUUGUGCUUACAAACUUUCUCUUGAGGGUUUGUAUCACCACCACGUGUCAUCAGAAACUGUGAGGAUUAAGAAAUGAUUGACAGAUCAACAGGAGCUGGUCUCCAGAAAACAUCAAAGCAUCCAUGCAGAAAAUCUUCUAGAUCGUUUCUCAUUUUAGUGCCUCAUACUACAAUACUACAUUAUAAUCCUUUACAUCACAACAGAAAGAAACACAUACAGCCAUGAACAUAAACAAGUGUAUAUAUAACUUAUUAUUACUGUACAUAAUGCAGCAUGUAUUAAAGUCGACUAUAUGAUA